CUUAGCAUCGAGUUCACGACGAUGUCGCUUACCCAAAUGAUUUUACAUCAGUUUAAUACCAUUUAUGGGUUGAUAAUUCGCCCAGAAUCAACACAAUAUUUGGAAGAGAAGCUUGGUGAUAUCAUUCGAAGAAAUAAUUUACAAAGGAACAAUGUAUCUAAUAUAAUUGAAGAAAUAGCAAACGCAUAUGUUAAGCAGAAUGGGCAAAUUGACUUUGUUGAACUCGAAAAACUACAAGAAGUUUUUGAGGCCUUACAACUUUCCAAAGAGAAGAAUCUUAAAGAUAUCGAAACAUUGACGCCCGAAAAAGUUGAUAGAGACAAGUUCUUUCAUGUAAUUGAUGCUUUCGACAUGCCCCGUUGGAAGUUUUCAAACGAAAAAAAGGGAUUUAUAAGACAUGAUAAACCAAAAGUUAUUAGUAUUUUUAGUUCCAAAGCACCAAUUUAUUCAGAAAGAUUUGAUCUGAUAAAUCAACGAUUAAAACGAAGGUCAGGACAUUUCAAGCGCUUAACGAGUUCUAGUAAAUUCGAAAAUAAGCUUCCUUCUUUAAAAGAUCUACGCGGACGAGAAGGCGAGGAGUUCACAAUAUUUGGUUUACUUACUUUCUCGGAAGGAAAAUAUCAACUCGAGGAUAAGGACUGGCAAAUUUGGCUAGAUCUAUCUGAAUGUGAAAUACGCGAGUUUUACACCGAAGGUAAUUUUAUCCUUGCUAAAGGACGAUAUGUCGAGGUUCAAAAAUUCAAAGUUACAAGUAUAGAGCAUCCACCGUUGGAAGAUCCAGAUGAUACAAGAAAAGAAUUAGGCCACUUGGAUUUUUUGGGAAUACCAUAUUCAUUGGAAGACGAGGAAGUUAUUAAGAGAUAUGAGAAAGAAUGGAAAAAUACAUUCUUAGUUAUAAUGUCCGAUUUGUGGUUAGAUCAAUCAAAGACGUUUGCCAAAUUACGAACGAUGCUUAAAGUUUAUCAAGAUGAAAAUUUGAUUCCGUUUGUUUUCGUGUUAAUUGGAAAUUUUUUAUCUGAACCAUUCGUAAAUGCAGAUGUUCAUUCCGCUAAAUAUCGAGUGGCUUUUGACAGCCUGGGAAACCUUAUUGCUGAGUUUCCUAGCAUAGCAAGAUAUUCUCAUUUUGUAUUCGUACCUGGUUGUUCUGAUUUUUGCUUGAAUGGAAGAUCUCCACAACGACACAUACCAAAUAUGUACACUUCUCGAUUAAAGAGUAAAGUACCAAAAGCUGUUUUCACCAGUAAUCCUUGCAGUCAAGAAAUUGUGAUUUUCCGCGAAGAUAUCGUUUAUAAGAUUAAACGGAAUAACAUCCGAACACCAUUGAAUGCACAGGAGAGUGUAGAAAUUCAGGUUACAAAAACUUUACUACAACAAUCACAUUUGUGCCCAUUUCCGUUGCCUAUGAAGCCUAUCUAUAGAGACUAUGAUCACACUCUGAGAUUGUAUCCAGUCCCUGAUGUUUUGAUAUUGGCUGAUAUAUACCAAGGUUAUUCGAUUGAUAUCCCUGUGUUGGGAUCCACUAACAACGAUCUCGAUAACUCCACAACUAAAAAAUGCCAUUGUUUGAAUCCAAGUGGAUUUUCGUCAAAUGGAUACAA